UCCAUGAAUUUUUUAAUUAAUCAAUUUACAAAAUUCUAUUUAUAAUGUAUAUUCAGCAGAUUGGACAUUACGUUCCUGGCUUGAUCUUUCAGACCCUUGUGUGCCUUCUAUUAAAAGUUUUUUUGAUUUAGCACUCUUUUAUUUGAAUAUAAUGUCUAAAUGUUAGUUGUAUGUAUACUUUUGGAUUUAUAGUUUAUUUUGCUGAAAAUGGGAGUAUAUAAGGACAAACUAAUCCAUAAAAUAAGAUUCCAUGGAAGUACUUGAAAUUACAUUUCGGAUACUUGUAUUUUUAAGUUUUAUUAAGGAAAGGUGUUACACAUUUAAGAUAAACAAUAUUAACAGCGGAAAAUUCCACAAGAAUCUUUACUAUGACAAGUUUUUUAGUAAAAGUGAUAACAAAUGUAAUUUACAAACACAAAAUAUAAUAGGAAUCCCGAAGGUUUCAUAUAAACACCCAGGAUCCAACCAAGUUGAGUGGGAAGAUAUACAUAAUAGGCUAUUUAGAGAGCGUAUACUGUUUGUUAGUCAACCAUUAGAUGAUGAAUACGUGAAUCAACUCAUUGCAGCAAUCCUAUGCCUGGAUAAUGAAACAUCAGAAAAACCAAUCACACUGUAUAUUAACAGCCCUGGGGGAAAUAUGCAUUCGGGCUUGUCUCUAUAUGACACACUAAAGCAUGUCCGGUCGGAAAUUGUAACCAUAAACGUAGGCCUUUGUGCCUCAACUGCCACCCUACUGUUAGGUGCAGGAACGCCAGGAAAAAGAUAUGGACUCAAGCACUCAAGAGUUCUAUUACUUCAGCCUAGCGGCCUUGCAGAAGGCACUGCAGAACAGAUCAAAAUUGAAGCUCAACACAUAUUAGAAAUUAAAAGAAAUUUAGUUGAAAUUUACAGUAACAUAACAAAACAGCCCUAUGAAAAAAUCGCAUCAGAUAUAGAAAGGGAUAAUUUCAUGUCUUCAGAAGAGUACAAAUCCUACGGAUUAAUAGAUGAAAUUAUAACAAAUUCCGGCACUAAACUAAUGCAAAAAUAAAGUUUUAACAUGUGGAAUUAGUGUUUAAAUUUAAUUUUCAGAUUAUAACUAUUCUAGUGACUAAAUCCUAUACAUCAGAAUAAUAAGUGACUCGACUCAGUGAACUUAACACAUCUUAAUCAAAGUUUACACACUUUAAAAUAACUAAUUUUGUAAUUCAUUUUUG